AUGUAACUAUACCUCUGUGUUGUAUGGUCUGUAGCUAGUUAUAUUUAGAUAUGUAACUAUACCUCUGUGUUGUAUGGUCUGUAGCUAGGUAUAUUUAGAUAUAAUUGAUAUGUAACUAUACCUCUGUGUUGUAUGGUCUGUAGCUAGUUAUAUUUAGAUAUGUAACUAUACCUCUGUGUUGUAUGGUCUGUAGCUAGUUAUAUUUAUAUUUCUAGCCCUUGAGUUCUCAACUGAAGGUAUGGACCACAGUUCAAUCAAUUAACUACAAUAUCCACGCUCUAUUUCAGGGUGUAAAAAAUGUAUUAAUCCUCGCUAGCGAUAUGUCAUUUUUUUGGGGCGACCAGACCAAAUUCAUAUAGACAUGUCUGUAGGAUAUGAUUAAGUGGCAUGGAUGAAAACAAUGGAAAUGGGGAGGUGGACUAUUUGCUGCAAGUUGAAGACUCAAUCAUAGAAGGAGUCAGCAACCCGGUGUUGUUUGUGGUCGUUCUCAGUGUCACGUUCUUGAGUGGACUGGUAACUCUGCUCUGCAGAAAUGAACAGCAGAACAUCCACCCAGAGAACCAGGAACAUGUUCGUGCCGUCCGACAGCAGCUGCAGUCUGACUCGCAGGAAGGUGAACCAACAGAGCCCAGGCAGCAGUUCUAUACAGACAUGUCCUGUCCAGUGUGUCUACAGCAGGCCGUGCUGCCUGUGGAAACCAACUGUGGACAUCUCUUCUGUGGUUCUUGUAUAAUUGCAUAUUGGCGAUAUGGGACAUGGCUUGGUGCUAUCAACUGUCCCAUCUGCAGACAAAUGGUGACCCUGCUGUUCCCUCUCUUUCAUGAGCAUGCCACCCCUCAGCAGGUACAGGUUGAUCCGCUCCUCAUCCUCCGGGAACUCGGCGACUACAACCGCAGGUUCUCAGGACAACCCAGAUCGCUGAUGGACCGGCUGCGUGACGUCCCCACGUUGCUGCGCCACCUCUUCAGGGAGAUGUUCUCCGUAGGGGGCCUGUUCUGGAUGUUUCGUAUCCGUAUCCUGCUGUGUCUGAUCGGGGCUCUGACCUACCUGAUCUCCCCUCUGGACUUCAUCCCCGAGGCUCUGUUCGGUCUGCUAGGCUUCCUGGACGACUUCUUCAUCAUCCUGCUUCUGUUCAUCUAUAUCUCUAUCAUGUAUAGAGAGGUGGUGACCCAGAGACUGGCAGCGUGAUGGAGAGAGGUGGUGACCCAGAGACUGGCAGCGUGAUGGAGAGAGGUGGUGACCCAGAGACUGGCAGGAUGAUGGAGAGAGGUGGUGACCCAGAGACUGGCAGGAUGAUGGAGAGAGGUGGUGACCCAGAGACUGGCAGGAUGAUGACACCCGUUCAGUUCGGCUGCGGGGAAAUGUGAUUGUGAUGCAGGAGCCAGGAGGACAAUAUAUGCCAUGGACAUAGUUACUGAUCAUCGCUUAGCUUCAGGUCAAAGACACAGUGAGAGUGCUCUGUUGCUUUGGACUGGAGUUCCAUCAUGCAGAAGUGUGGGGACUAGUUAACGGGUCUGUUGGCAAAAUGUUUGUUAUCGGCAGGUUGUUAUUUCAUCAGUUGAUGUAAUCCUAUUGAAUAUGCUAAUCUAAAGUGUGUGUGUGUGUGUGUGUGUGAGAGCGAGAGCGAGAGACUGGGCUGGGACAAUAAACUGAUAAUUACUGACA